CUGAAGCGCCGUCAUCAUCAGCUGAGCCUCAACCGAGCCUCAGUUACGAUAUUCCCGUAGAUGUCCUUUGAUGAGACAUCUUUAGUAAUUUCCAGAGAAUAAGUGUCAUCAUUCUUCUGUUUAGUCAUGAACUUGUUGAAAAAUAUAGUUAAUCUAAGGGGGUGGAAGCCCAGAGGAACAGGGUGUUUGUAUAGCAGCCAGAGAUCUAUGAGUGCUUCAGAACCAGCACAUCUGGAGCCAGCCAAUUUCAGGCCACAGAAAGUACUGAUUCUCACCAAAUUGUCAAGAUAUGAGUUUGAGAAGCGUCGACACCCAGAGCUGACCGAGAGACAACUGGAGAGGUGCCUUAGAAACAGAGGAUCAGACUACAAUAUGUUACUCUACCACCACUACAUCCACAAGGGUGUUGAAAAUACAGUAAACAGUGUAUUCAGAGCAGCUGGUAUUGAGACCAAAGUGGUUUAUCGCUUUGACUACUCAGACCCCAACAUCGAAUGGGCAGAUGCCAUAGUGACCACAGGAGGCGAUGGAACCUUCCUUCUUGCAGCAUCUGGUGUACUAGAGAGAAACAAACCUCUAAUAGGGUUCAAUUCCGAUCCCAUGAGAUCAAAAGGACAGCUAUGUCUCCCUCAGAAGUACUCAGUAGAUGUGAAGGAGGCAAUUGAUAAACUUUUAAAUGUUUUACAGGGAAAAUUUCGCUGGACCUUCAGAAGCAGAAUUCGUGUCACACUUAUAGGGGAAAACAUCUUUAGACCACCAGUGGAACUGCAUGACCAGCAGUUGUUACAUCCUGAGUACAGAUACCUAGACAUGGACUUGCAGUUACGUACGCUGAAGGAAAAUACACCAUCAACAGAUGAGUCUGGAUUACCUAGACGAGUACUGCCCGUCCUUGCCUCAAUGAGUCUGGUAUUGUGUAGCAUGGAUGCUGUCCAAUAUCCUGUAAUUGGCAGAUUGAUUAGUGGCUGCAUCUUCAAAUUUUGUAAUACAAAAUUGCCACUAAUACCUUAUGUGACAGGGAUCAAACAGAAGUGUUCAGGACUCAUCGCCAGCACAGGGACGGGCUCAACCUCAUGGACUUAUAAUGUGAACAAGUUAACAGAACAAAAUAUGGAAGAAAUCCUGACUAUUGUGAAGGAGGAGACAGGCUUUGGCAUCCGCGAUACAGAUCCUUUAUUUGUACGCAAGAUUACUAAUAAGUUUAAUGAGAUGCUAAUCACAAAUCCUGAGGAGCCACGUAUGGUGUACACUAUUAGGGAUCAGCUGGUCUCGUCGCCCAUGAGAAGUGAAUGUGUCAAGCCUAGGGGAUUUGCUAGGUCAAUAGGUGUAAAGUCUCGUUGCUUUGAUGCUUCUUUGGUGAUUGAUGGGGGUCUAUCCUUCCCCUUCAAUGAUGGGACGCGAGCCCUUCUGGAGAUUCAUGAUGUGGACGCUCUCCGGACAGUGACCCUGCAUGAGGAUCCAACAGAAGUUUCUUUCAAGCACUGAUAGAACGUGUUGAAGAAAUGCUUCAUAAUUUGCAAACAGGACACAGGAAAUGUUUUUGGUGUUGAGUAGGAAAAGUAACAGAAUUUUCAACAUUAAUACUAUGAGGUGCUCAUUGUCUAGUCA